GUGUUGAUGUUGACACUAGGCCGGGCCCAUAGAUGGGCCAUAGAAGACGCCGCUGUCAGGAGACCGCGAGAGGCCCGGAAGCUUUAGGUGCCAGCGGGAAAAGGUCCUUUCAGCGAAACUGGCCUGCUCGGGACGGCCGCUUCCCUCUCGGGCGCCUCCUGGGGAUUUGAAUGCUUCGCUUCCUUCCGCCUCCCUGCUGAGCCGAGCCAAGGCGCCGUGGGACGGCCAUACGUUGUGCUUGAGCCUGUCAUCCGGGCACUUCCCUCCACCUUCCCUCUCCCUUCUGACUCCUCGCCCCCGACGUCGCCCUUGCCUCCCUCCGUCCGUCCCCCGCCAAGCCUCACCCCCUCCCCGAGCCCUCCUCAUCCGGGUAACCUGCCCGUGGCUUAGCCCUCCUCAUCCGGCCACCCGGCGGCGGUCGGCCCCCGGUGCGCGGCGGUCUUCGUCCGGCCGCCGCCGCCGCCGCUGCUGCUGCUGCCGCCUCGACACGCGGGUCCUUCCGCGAGGCUCCUGCCCAGGGGUCUCGUCCCUCGGUGCUCCUCCUCCUCCUCCCUGCCCCUUCCUGUCCCCUUCCCUCCCGUCCGCGCUUUGGCCAUGACGAUCCUGCCCAAGAAGAAGGCCUGCCCGGCUGCCGGAGACGGAGAUAGGGACCAGCCCGGCUCGAGAGGGGGAGGCCCCGGCGGCCCAGGGGGGCCCGGCGGCGUAGGCGGCCCUGAUUCCCGGGGCUGCUCCGGCGCCGAUUCCCACCCGCGCGGCGUCGGCGUCGGAGGAGGCGUCGGACCCGGGGAUCCGCAUUCCGGGCGCGGCGGAGCCCGUCCCCGAGCUUCGCCUCCUCCCCCACCGCCGCGCUGGGGGCUGCCCCCCGCUGGGUCCCCUCCGCCGCCCAAUCCCGGUGUUGGAGCCGGGGGCGACGGGCCCGGCCUCGGCCUACUCGACCCCGGAGCGGCCGAAGCGCGGGGCGGAGUAGGCGGCGGCUGCUGCUCCGGGCCCGGCCACAGCAAGCGGCGGCGGCAGGGGGGGCCCGGCGGCGGGCUUGGGCUCGGCGGGGCGGCGGGGCCUGGGGGAGGGGGAGGCAACAGUCCCGAGCAAGAUGACGUCGGCGCCGGUUACAACAGCGAAGAUGAGUACGAGACGGCGGCAGCCCGCAUCGAGAGCAUGGACCCGGCCACCGUAGAGCAGCAGGAACACAGGUUCGAGAAGGCGCUGAGAGAGAAGAAAGGGUUCAUCAUAAAACAGAUGAAGGAAGAUGGGGCCUGCUUGUUCCGGGCUGUGGGUAACAAUAAUUUUAACAAGCUAGUAUUUUGCUGCAAUGGGUUGGCUUUCAAGAAUGGCAGGUUUUUAAUCAGCAAAGUUCUAAUCCCUUCAGCCUACUACUUACUAAAUUCGAUUCAAACUGACCAGGUAUACGGUGACCAAGACAUGCAUGAAGUGGUCAGGAAGCACUGCAUGGACUACUUGAUGAAGAAUGCCGACUACUUCUCCAAUUAUGUGACAGAAGAUUUCACCACUUACAUUAACCGCAAACGGAAAAACAACUGUCAUGGCAACCAUAUUGAGAUGCAGGCUAUGGCAGAGAUGUACAACCGACCUGUGGAGGUUUACCAGUAUGGCACAGAGCCCAUCAAUACUUUCCAUGGCAUCCAUCAGAAUGAGGAUGAACCCAUCCGGGUGAGCUAUCACCGCAACAUACAUUACAACUCCGUGGUGAACCCCAACAAGGCCACCAUUGGGGUGGGACUAGGGCUGCCCUCCUUCAAGCCAGGGUAUGCAGAGCAGUCCUUGAUGAAGAAUGCCAUCAAGACCUCGGAGGAGUCCUGGAUCGAGCAGCAGAUGCUGGAGGAUAAAAAGCGAGCGACUGACUGGGAAGCCACCAAUGAGGCCAUCGAAGAACAGGUUGCCAGAGAGUCUUAUUUGCAGUGGCUGCGUGACCAGGAAAAGCAAGCCAGACAGCCCCGCAAAGCCAGCGCUACCUGCAGCUCUGCCACGGCGGCCGCAGCGAGCGGUUUGGAAGAAUGGAGUGGCCGUUCCCCACGCCAGCGCAGUUCAGCUUCUUCCCCAGAACAUCCCGACCUGCACAAUGAGCUGAGUGCUGCCAAGCCCCCUUCUCCUGGAAGCACUGCAGCCCUAGCACUUACCAAACCUCCCUCGCCCUGUGCUCCAGGUACAAGCAGCCAGCUGUCUGCAGGCGGCGGGCGAGUAACCCCACCCUUAGUGUCAUUGUAUCCAGCCCUGGAGUGCCGGGCAAUAAUGCAACAGAUGUCGCCCACAGCGUUCGGUCUGAGCGACUGGGAUGACGAUGAGAUCCUGGCCUCGGUGCUGGCCGUUUCGCAACAGGAGUACUUGGAAAGCAUGAAGAAAGGCGCCCUGCACAGAGACAGUGGUUCCGACAAGAGUUGAUGCCUGAUGUCCGGCUCUUGCGCUCGCCUGACACCCCUUCGGUGCAUGUUUUUGGCAGGAAGGAUGAUGACACUUGGGACCCCUCCCCUCCUCCACCGCUGCUGAUCAAGGCUCCUUCCGUUGCCCCUUUGCUCUCCCCACUUUUGGCUCUCCGCAGAAGACUCUCCCCUCUGGUGUGCUGGGAAACAGACAGGCGCAAGAGAGGGACAGGAUCUCUUCCACAAGGAGCUGAAACACUCACAGACUGGGGCAUGCUGGGCUUCCCCUUCAUCUGCCGUUUUUCGUUAUUAAAAAAAAAAAAAGAAAGAAACAGGAAUUGAACUGGUCCUCAAGAGAGCCCCCUUCCCUUGGAUUGGAGAGGUAGAGCUUUGCCUGCGGGUGAUGGAGGGGGGGGAGAGAGAAGGGGAGGAGAACGGACGUUGGCUUUAGGGGUGUGGAGAGAGAGAGAGAGAGAGAGCCUCACUAGAAGGAAAAUGCCACUGUACGGCCUGCUGGUUUCCCUCACCCUGGAGGCUGCGGGGGGAAUCGUGUACUUUGGGGGCAAGGAGAAGAGGAGCUGAUAGGACACCACUUUUUUUUUUUUUUUUGCUCUUUCAGCCACAUUCCCUGCCCUGAGGGAAAAACAUUUUCAGCAAAGCGGGUCCUAAAUCUGCAGCCAUUUGAAAUCAUUCUGCCUUCCUCCAAAGAAAACUCCCCCCUCCCUCUUACCUGUAAGAUGCUGUCCCUCCUUUUUCACUCAGUGCAAUAGCCUCUCUUUUCUCUUCCCACCCACCUCUUUUUUUUUUUUCCUUUUCUUUUUUUCUUCACUUGUGGCUCUUGACCACCCGGCAGGCAUCCCCUCUUCCACCCUUGCCAAUGGGUUGGUCCAGCUCUCUGGUCUAGCUGCUCUCCUGGCUCUGCUCCGUUGGCCUUGGUCCCUCCUGCUGCUGCCUUUUCGAUUCUCCCUGUGCCUAUAGCAGCAGCAGCAGAGGGAGAGGGGGGCACCGCUCACCAGUCAGUGUCAGGACCUUUCCCCCCUGAGCAGGUCUGCCUUUAGGGUAACGCUGAGAGGAAAAGAAACUGGGAACCAAAUGGACUCUGGACAGAAAAUAACGCGAUGGAGGCUGCAGCUAACAUGGAGGCGCACCAAGCUCUCCGGGGGGCAAAAAUAGACUUUGACUCCCCUACUAAGGGCUGGUUCAAACUGGGGGGCAUCUCCUGGGUCCUGGACUGUUGAUGGACUGGCUUGAAAGUUUAAAACGAAACGAAACGAAAAAGCCAAGGAAGGAAGUGUUUCUGGUAAUCUUACCUUUUCCAGGGGUGGUUGUCUUCCUCACUACAUAUGUAGUUAUAAUCUACCUAUUGUGGCCAUUUAGCUGUCCAAGCCUUGGUCUGAACAAGUGUUUCUUUACACUCAGAUGUAAAGAAGCCAUGUGCUCAGCUCCUCUUGGCGUCUUCAUGCUGAGUCCCAAAUUCCUGGAGGGACAGGAGAGACGCUGACAUUCCUGCCCCCCCAUUUGUUGCUCUCUGACGCUUCAAAGAGACAUCUUUGAAAAGUGGGGAGGGGAGUCAUCUGCUGCUUUAGAAGAUGGAUCCUGGAGACUCCACGGAUGGCUGGUCUAAAAGUGGUAUUUGGUGCCUGAAAUAAAAAUAUAGGCAGAGUUGACCUCCUGCACGCUC